GCGGAGCCGCUCGAGCCCCGCCUCCGCCCGGCGGCGCGGAACGGCGCGGAGCCGGCGGUAUGGCGCACGGCUCGGCCGUGCUCUGCUUGUGCCUGUGGCUGUGGCUGAGCGCGGCGGCGGGGCUGCAGCUCACCCUGCUGCACACCAACGACGUCCACGCGCGUGUGGAGGCGCGGGGCUGCGCGGAGGGGCCGCGGGGCUGCUUCGGUGGCGUGGCGCGGCGGGCGGCGCGGGUGGCGGCGGAACGAGCGGCGCAGCGCAACGUGCUGCUCCUGGACGCCGGGGACCAGUACCAGGGCACCGUGUGGUUCUCCCGCUUCAAGGGCCGGGAGGCCGUGCACUUCAUGAACCUCCUGCGCUACGAUGCCAUGGCUUUGGGCAAUCAUGAGUUUGAUGGAGGAGUGAGUGGAUUAUUGGAUCCUCUACUUAGAAACGCUAAUUUUACAAUCCUGAGCGCAAACAUUAAGGGAAAAACCCCAUUAGGAAAUGAAAUGAUGAAAUAUGUUCAUCCUUUUAAAAUUAUACACAUUGACUCUGAAAAAAUAGGCAUCGUUGGCUAUACUACAAAGGAAACUUCCUUUCUUUCACAGCCAGGAAAUGAUGUAAUCUUUGAAGAUGAAAUUGAAGCAUUGCAAGUGCAAGUGAACAAACUUACAGCAAUGGGAGUGAACAAAAUAAUUGCACUAGGGCACUCUGGUUUUACUGUGGACAAAAAUAUUGCCCAAAAGGUGAAAGGAGUGGAUGUUGUAAUUGGAGGACAUUCAAACACAUUUCUCUAUACAGGAACCCCUCCCUCCACUGAGCAGCCAGCUGGCCCGUAUCCCUUCAUGGUUGACUCAGAUGAUGGGAGGAAGGUGCCAGUGGUACAAGCUUAUGCUUAUGGAAAGUAUCUCGGUUACUUAAAUGUUACAUUUGACAAGAAAGGAAAUGUAGUUGAAGCAGUUGGAAAUCCUAUCCUGCUGGACAGCAGCAUUCCUGAAGAUGAGCAGAUUAAAGAAGAAGUGGAAAAGUGGAGGAAGAACUUGGGGAAUUACUCUAAAGAGAUUGGGAAAACUAGUGUUUAUCUGAACGGUACAAGCGAAGAAUGCCGUUUCCGAGAAUGCAACAUGGGAAACUUGCUUUGUGAUGCUAUGCUUUAUGAGAAUGUCAGACGUCCAGAUAGAAAGUCGUGGAACCAUGUUUCGCUGUGCAUCCUGAACGGAGGUGGGAUACGGGCAUCCAUCGAUGAAUGGAGUGCUAAUGGUAGCAUCACCAUGGAAGAUUUGCUGACUGUUUUGCCAUUCGGAGGUCGUUAUGAUUUGGUAAUGGUGAAAGGCUCCACACUGAAAGAAGCUUUUGAGCACAGCGUGCGCAGGUACGGAAGAGGAACAGGAGAGCUGUUGCAGGUUGGAGGUAUCCAUGUGGUCUAUGAUCUCUCCAGAGCCCCAGGAAGCAGAGUCGUUAGCAUAGAAGUGCUUUGUACAGCCUGCAGAGUCCCAGCCUAUGUCCCUCUGCAGAUGGAUGGAAUAUACAACGUGACUCUUCCGUCCUAUAUGCUGUUUGGUGGAGAUGGCUAUCACAUGCUGAGAGACGACCACAUAGCAUACAGCAAAGGUGAACCUGACAUCGAGGUUGUUUCCCGUUAUCUUGAUAGAAUGAAGAGAGUUUACCCAGCAGUUGAAGGUCGAAUAAAGUUUUCUUCUGGGAGCCUUAUCCAAGGAAGUCUUAUCCUGAUUUCUGCUUUGCUCACUGUAACGUUCUGGCAUUCCUGAUUUUUUUUUCAAGUGUUUACAUUUGGAAGAAAGGAGGAGGAUAGAGACAGUGCGGAGGUGGGGAAAAGAGGACUGUUCUCUUUUCUGAAACCUUAAACAUUUGAGUUUCUGCGUGGAGUCAAUAAAGAGCAAGGAUUAUCUUCGAUCCAGCUGUUUUUGAAGUGAGCCUGGGGCAGAAUUCAUGGCUUUCCUCAGUUUGAAAGAGCAAGCACAAACAAACUGGCAUGACCCACCAUUCAGGUGGAGGUUUCAAGAAGCAAAGUAGCAAUGCUCCACCAUGAAACAACCACUGACCCCAAAGGGAUAUUUUUAACUCAUCAAUUCUUUCAGCUGUUUCAGUGAGUUGAUCAAGAAUCUGAUUCCAGUCACAUAAAGUAGAUAUAUUAUAGGUGUGUAUACUUCCCCUUGGCCUCCACUCAGGAGGAUUUAUGUAUCUCCAUAAAUCUAGCUUGCUUCCAGUUGUUAUCUUACCUGCACCAAUGCCUAAAGGCAUUAAACUCAGUGUCAUUAGAAGCAUUGGUUCAUUUAUGUGCAAUUUAAAAAGUGUUUUGCAUUUUACUUUUUAAGACACAGCGGCUUACUUACAUUUUUCAUUAAUAAAGCUUGAUUUGAUUUCAAUAAAUUUUUACAAAUCAAAUAUAUAACCUCACUAAUUAACAUGACCAAUAUGGGGACUGUAGCUAGGGUAAGAACAAAGUAUCUAGGAAGAUGCUCCAUUUUACACUUUACACAGGAAUCCCAACAGUUACCCGUACCAGCAGUGCUGGCGGAGAACACCAGAUACGCACAGAUGCCCGCAGUGCCAGGGCACCCUUUGGAAGUCGCCCAGUAAUGGGGCUUUUUACAGCAUAGCCUGGCUUUAUCACAGCAGUGAUCAUAAUUCAAAAACCUCUUUCCUCUAUGGGCAGACUGUUUUAAAAACCCAGUUGUAAGUGCCAAGCUGAUGAGUAUCGAGUCGGAAAUAGGAUAAAAUGUGAAGUUCCAUUCUGAACUGACAUCAGCAUACUUCCAUAUUGUUUGUUGCUGCAUUAAACAGAUGGGCUGAAUUUUGAAUAAACUUACCUUGAUUUUUUGGAAAGCAAAUUACAUUUUUUUUUUCAAAGAGCCAAGGUACUCACCUCUUCAACUCGCUGUGCCCGCAGAUUACACGGAGAAGUUGCAUCGUAGUAAGGUAAAUUUCAGCGCGUUUAAAUUUCAAGACCUAACGAUUAUUCACAUAAAUUCAAGAGUUGUGCAUGAAAAGACUGGAUUACAGAGUUACAUUAGUUAAACUGUUAGAAGAGGGAGGCAGAGAACAGCCGACCUUGGUGGCAGUGGUGAUUUGUCAAUAUAGCUCCAAAAGUUAUUAAUUUACAGAAUGGUCUUCCCCAGAUCAAUGUAAACCAAUAAUAGAGACUGCCUGUAUGGACUGAGCUGUACUCUCACAUCAGAUUUUGAGCUGUGUCUGUGUGUCAGGUAUUUUGUUGCGGUUUGUUGUGUUUGCUUGUUUAAAUAAAGAAAAAAAAAAAAAAAGAGUCAGAACAAACUCCUUUGGCACACCCAGGG